ACCGCUGAAUAGAAAGAAAAGAAAAUAAAUUUAACGCCCGCUCUUGCUUUGGCCACCAUGCCUUCCCUUCUCUUCCUCAGCUGCUGCUUCUGCAGCCUGGCAGCUUGGCUGCUCUUGGCCACCCCCGCCCCCGGCAGCGGCGCUCCGGGCGUAGAGAAGGAAGUGGCGGCGGCGGCGGCCGAGGAAGAGACCGCGCUGCGGGUGCUGGUGCUGCUGCCCAAGGACGACGCGUACCUGUUCUCGCUGGCGCGGGUCAGGCCGGCCAUCGAGUACGCGGUGCGGAGCCUGGAGGCGAACGGCUCGCUCCUGCCGGCGGGCUACAAGUUCCGCCUUUUCUACAGCGACUCGGACUGCGGCAACCGGGCGCUCUUCAGCCUGGUGGAUAUGAUCGCCUUGAAGCGGGAGUGGCCCGACCUGCUGUUGGGGCCGGUGUGCGACUACGCCGCCGCGCCGGUAGCCCGACUGGCUUCCCAUUGGAACCUGCCCAUGAUCUCGGCCGGCGCGCUGGCCGCGGGCUUCAGCCCCAAGACGGGCGAGUACUCGCACCUGACCCGGGUGUCUCCGGGCUACGCCAAGAUGGGCGAGAUGUUUCUGGCGCUCUUCCGCCACCGCAAGUGGAGCCGCGUCCUGCUGGUUUACCACGACGACAAGGAGCAGCGCAGCUGCUUCUUCGCCGCCGAGGGGGUCCACCUGGUCUUCCGCGAGGCCGGCUUGCACCUGGACGACUUCGCCUUCGAAGAGAGCGGCAAGUACGCGGACGACGUGGUGCGCGCCAUCCAGGGCGGCGAGAGAGUUGUGAUCAUGUGUGCCAGCAGUGACGCAAUACGGAACAUCAUGUUGGCUGCACAUCGGCAAGGAAUGACUAGCGGGGAUCAUGCUUUCUUCAAUAUUGAACUUUUCAACAGUUCGUCAUAUGGGAAUGGUUCAUGGAGGAGAGGAGACAAAUAUGACCUUGAAGCAAAGCAAGCAUACUCAUCCCUCCAGACAGUCACACUACUGAGGACAUUGAAACCCGAGUUUGAAAAGUUUUCUAUGGAAGUGAAAAGUUCUGUUCAGAAACAAGGAAUCCAUCAUGAUGAUUAUGUGAACAUGUUUGUUGAAGGUUUCCAUGAUGCUUUAGUUCUCUAUGUUCUCGCUUUACGGGAAGUUCUGAAGAAUGGCUUCACAAAGAAAGAUGGGGAUAAGAUUGUUCAUCAGACAUGGAACAGGACAUACGAAGGCAUUGCAGGGCCAGUAUCUAUUGAUGCCUCUGGAGAAAGGUUUGGGGAUUUUUCUGUGGUUGCCAUGACUGAUCCUGAAACUGGAACACAGCAGGUAAUUGGAAACUAUUAUGGAAAACAGGGACGACUUGAAAUAAUUCCAAGUGCAAAUUACCUCUGGGAGCAAAGACUGAAAACAGAUGAUAGCCGAGGAUUGGAGCACACGAGCAAUCCAGCCUGCAAAUCAUCAGGUGGCGUAGGGGAAUCAGCAGUUACUGGAAUAGUUGUAGGGGCCUUGCUAGGCGCAGGAUUGUUGAUGGCCUUCUACAUUUUCAGGAAAAAGUACAAAAUAACCAUUGAAAGAAGAAACCAGCUGGAAGAGUACAACAUCGGCAAGCACCGACAAUUACGAGAAGACUCCAUCAGGUCUCACUUUUCUGCUGCAUGAAAUAGAAAAGAAUUGCUCUUGUGGGGAUAUAUACCUGUAGACAAAUGGACGCUACCAAAGACUGCCACUGAAAAAAAGAAGUGCAUUUAAGGACUCCACCUUUUAAAAGUGGAGUCACCUUGUCUUAAUUUUUUUUUUCAGAAACUCAGGAAAUGAUUUACUAGCCACAUUAUGCCACAUGGCCUUUUUUAUCUCAUGGAAAGAUGAAUGAUUAAAAGAAAAGAUACCCGUUUUCUCACGACAAGACAUUGAUUAAUACUUUGUGGAUAUCUCAAGGCACAUUUGGGGUCUUGAUGAUGUAAACAUUCCUUCACGAUGCCUUGUGAAUGUCAGGUGGCUCUUCACAACAUCACAUACCAGAUGCUUAAGUGCUUUCAUAGACAAAGGGGCAGUUUUACAUAGGGAGCAAAAUAUGUUCUGAAUUGAAUGGUGGAGACAGGAUGGGGGGAAAAGAGUGUAGCUUGUUCAGUGCAAUAUAAUUUUGGAAAACAAACAAUCAUGCAUCUCAUCAUCAGUGGAAGAAAAUGAGGAUUUAACACUGAGCACCAGUUGACGUCUCACAUUAAUUUUGAAAUUAAUCCGUUAGUGAUUCCUAGGGAUUUUCUCUCGCUACUCUAUUCUUAAUAUAAGAAAGAGAGCUGUAUCCAUGGGAAGGGAAAAUUCUUUUUCAAAUAAAUUCCACUUUACCCUGAAUUUUUAUUUUGAGGAAGUUUCCCCACCCACAUUACUUCCACUUCCAGAGGAAAUGCUUCCUGACUUUAGAUCCAUAAUCUCCAGCUUGUUGCCCGCCGGAUGUCUCAAGCUGUAGCUCCCUAAAUUUUCAGUUUUGCUGUUAGGAAUCUGACCAAUUAUAAUCAUACUUUGAGAGCCAGCAUAGAACAUGGUGGUUUAGUCAUGGCCUAGGAUCUGGGAGAGUCCGGUUCAUGUCGAUCCCUGGACCUCUUCAAACGACUUUGCACAAUUUUGUUUCGGUCCAACCUGCCCCAUAAAGAUUUUGCCGUAUGGAUAAAAUUAGAGGAAUCAAUAUUAAAUAUUCACCAAGAUCUGACAAAUGAUAAAUUCAUAAUCGGUCUAUACAGUGUAGGUUAUUUUAGAAAUUUGGUAUAAGGUUCACACAAAAGGGUUUUGGAGAAAAGAGAUGCAGUUUUAUGCCAGCUUGUAUAUAUAAGUUAGCCUAAAGUGGUGGAAUCCUGAAGUUCGGGUUUUCUAAUUCAGAAUGCAAAUGUCCUGAAUAUUUUCCUAGGUAGGGAAAAAAGUUAAGGUAUUUUGAAAUAAUUCAGAGAAGAUUGUUCUAGCUCAGGGGUGUCAAACUGAAAGCCUGGGGGCCGGAUCCAGCCC